AUGACAGCGUUCAUCCAGGAGAUAGCGAUGAGACUGUGGAAUAACGAGAAGGCUCUUCGGGAACGUGCGGGAGCAGGCCAAAUCCCCGACGGGGCCUAUGCAAUCGGUACCAUCAGCGACUGUGUGAAAUCGUACUUUCGCAACGUACAUAAGCAAUAUCUUGAGUUUAACGACGACGAAAAGGCUGAGAAGGCCAUACGACGCAAAACGAAUAGUAAGCAUCGUGCGCGUCGUCAAACCGUCACAAAAGUUCGACGUAAAGCGGCCAAAGCAUUCGAGUCUCAGGCUAGCCAAGGUGCAAUGGCUAUGAUUGAUACCGACUUCGCAUCGGAUGUCUUGUCGUAUGCGUCGGACGGAGACUUGUCUGACGACACCAUACAACGGCGGAAGGACGCGGGCGUCGGUGAUAGUGCUUUCAUGGUGGAGGGUUCUGAUUGGAGAAGCGUUGAUUACGUAGCGUUUUUGCGAUGGCUCACAUUCAAAAGCAAAAACGAGUCUGAGGAAGGAGAUGACGUUAAUGGCCGGCCACCCUCAAAGCGCCGCAAAGUCACUCAGAAGAAGAAAUCGUCGAAAUCAGUAUUUGAUCUCGCACCGAGCAAGAUGAACGAGGACCCACCUAUCUCCCACAAGAAAUCUAACCCGACGGUACCAUUCAGGUCGAUGGUUUCAGCGAAAUGGCUGAAGACUCACCCGGACAUGGUAUUAUUAGAUGGCGGCGAGUGGUUAAGCGGAUUCUAUGGAACGGUGAGCGAAAAAGAUGUCUAUAAGCAAGACUGGACAUACCUGAAGGAGCUUGAUGGGUGGCAAAAGAUGGCAGAUGAUGCGGGCUCCGAGUCUGAUGUUGAAUAG